AUGGGUUGUGCUGCCAGCAUUGUUCUGCUCCAAGCCUUUCGUUCUGUGGUACAGAGGAACUGUCCACAUAUCUGCAGGCGACGACGGCGAGAGGAGUUGUCACAUGAAAUCCUGCCGCUGGAUAGCGAUGAUGAAAUGAGCAGACCCAGGACUCUCAUCAUAAUGCAGGAAAAACCCAAGCUUUUGGAGCCUUUGGAUUAUGAAGCUGUUAUCACAGAGAUUGAAAAAAAUAUUGGGGAUAACCAGUUCAAGGAUCUGAUAUUAUUCCCCGAUGAUGACUUUUCAACAGACACAAUUUCACUGGAAAUCAGGACGCUGUAUCCUUCUGUACCUGAAGAUGCAGAAGAAAAGGCAGAAAAUUUAUUUGUUAAAGAGGCUUGUAAAUACUACAGUUCCCCGUGGCAUGUUGUGAACUAUAAAUAUGAACAGUAUUCAGAAGACUUUAGACACUUACCACACAAUGAGUGUAGACCAGAGAAGCUGCCAUCCCAUUCCUUUGAAAUCGAUCAUGAAGAUGUGGACAAGGAUGAAGAUACAACAUCCCACUCAUCUUCCAAAGGAGGUGGUGGUGGAGGAGGAGGAGGCUUAGCAGCAGGAGUUUACAAGUCUGGAUGGCUCUAUAAAGGGAAUUUCAACAGCACUGUGAACAACAGCAUUACUGUGCGGUCAUUCAAAAAGCGCUACUUCCAGCUGACGCAGUUGUCGGAUAGCUCGUAUAUUAUGAAUUUUUAUAAAGAUGAAAAAAUAUCCAAGGAGCCAAAGGGAUGUAUUUUCUUGGAUUCUUGUACAGGAGUCGUGCAGAAUAACAGGCUCAGGAAACAUGCCUUUGAGCUGAAAAUGAAUGACCUCACAUACUUUGUGCUGGCAGCUGAAAAUGAGCAGGAUAUGGAUGACUGGAUUUUCACUCUCAACAAAAUCCUGCAAAUAAAUCCCGAGGGGACUGUUCAGGAGAGGAAAAGUGCAGAUCUCACCGAUCUGAAACUUGACCCUGCAGAAGUUUCGGUGAAUUAUGACUGCUCUCAGGAAGAGACUGAUUCUUCAGAAAACACCUUGCAUCCAGACUUUGCAAAAUACAUCACAGAAACAGAAGAAACAGUGAAAGCCUCUCGAAAUGCAGAGCGACUGAAUCUUUUCUCUUUGGAUCCUGAUAUAGUAUCACUGAAUCCUCAGAAAAAGGAGUUUCCAGGGUCAAACUCGGUGCUCAAGCCAUUUGAAGAAAAGCCUGCAAAGAGGAUCCUGAUAACUUGCAAAUCCCUCAGUUUGAAUCUCCAGGCCUGUGUUACUGAAAAUGAAAAUGAUCCUGCAACCAAUGUAGAGCCUUUCUUCGUGAGCGUGGCACUGUAUGAUGUCAGGGAUGGCAGGAAGAUCUCUGCUGAUUUUCACGUGGAUUUGAACCACACCCUCGUUAGACAGAUGAUUUCAGGUUCCUCAUUUUCAUUAGAAAAUGGCUCUGUUGAAAAUGCAGACUCAAAUGAAAUGGAAGAACCACAGGUCAAGGGGUUCCCAGAAGAGUGGCUGAAGUACCCAAAACAGGCUCUUUUCUCCAUAAGUAAUCCUCACUCUGAGAUCGUAUUAGUGGCAAAAAUAGAAAAGGUGCUUACAGGAAACAUUGCCAGCAGUGCUGAGCCUUACAUUAAGAAUCCUGACUCUGUAAAGUGUGCACAGAAAGUGUUAAAAUCCAAUAAACAGUUCUGCAGCAAGCUGGGGAAGUACCGUAUGCCGUUUGCUUGGUCAGUGAGGCCAGUGUUUAAAGAUAAUCAGGGAAAUGUUGACAGAGACUCCCGAUUCUCACCUUUAUUCAGGCAAGAGAGUAAUAAAAUUUCCAUGGAAGAUUUGAUUAAACUAAUAGCAGAAUACAGGAGAGCAGAGAAGAUCAGCAAAAUACAGACUAUACCUGGCUGUUUGGAGAUUGCAGUUGAUUGUGUUCCUUUGGAACAUCCAAACUGUGUAACUUCAUCCUUUAUACCAAUCAAGCCAUUUAAUGACAUAAGGGAGCAUCAGCCUACAGUGGAAGUCGAGGAGUUUGUACAGGAAUCAACAAAAUACUCUCGACCUUACAGAGUAUACAAGAACCAAAUAUACAUAUAUCCAAAACACCUCAAGUAUGAUAGCCAAAAAUUCUUCAACAAGGCACGGAAUAUAACAGUGUGCAUAGAAUUUAGAAGCUCUGAUGAAGAAGGAGCGAAGCCAUUGAAGUGUAUUUAUGGGAAGCCAGGUGGACCACUGUUUACAACGGCAGCCUACACCGCUGUGCUACAUCAUUCCCAGAAUCCUGAUUUCUAUGAUGAGGUGAAAAUUGAACUUCCCACUCAACUCCAUAAGAAACACCACAUUCUGUUUUCAUUUUAUCAUGUCACCUGUGACAUAAAUGCAAAAGCUAAUGCCAAAAAGAAAGAGGCUCUGGAAACACCAGUGGGCUACGCGUGGCUUCCUUUGCUGAAAGACGCCCAGUUGGCUUCCCAAGAGCACAACGUGCCGGUGGCAAGCAGUCUGCCUCCUGGUUACUUGAGCCUUCAAGAACCAACUGGUGGGAAGCAGAUCGGCUGUGAUGUCAAAUGGGUAGAUAGUGGGAAACCACUUUUCAAAGUCUCUACUUUUGUUGUGUCGACAGUGAAUACUCAGGAUCCAUACCUGAAUAACUUUUUCCAUCAGUGCCAAGAAAGGGAGAAGGAUCUAUCCCAGCCACCUACCUCAAACUUCAUCAGUUCUUGUAAGAACUUGCUGAGGAUCGAGAAGAUCCAUGUAAUUAUGAAUUUUCUUCCUGUAGUCCUCAAUCAGCUUUUCUGGGUUUUGGUGCAAAACAACCACGAUGAAGUUACAACGGCUGUGACCAGGUAUCUGAAUAUUUUCUGCAGGAAGAGUUCACUCUAG